CAGCUGAAGAGGUUGCUUCCAUACCAGUAGAAUCUAGUAGCAGUCGACGGCCGCGAAUUUUGCGAGAUUGGAAAUGUCUCUGGCUUUGCUUCUCGAGGCCGUACGGGUCGUCGAGGAGAACAAGAACGGUUCGUUACCGCACGACGCGCGCGCCAAACGCAAAGAGAACAAGCGCAGCAACAGCUACAGGUCGACGCACAAUCAGCUGGAGAAGAACCGACGAGCUCAUCUCAAACACCUACUAGACCACUUGAGAGCGACGGUUCCGGCCAAGGGCGAGAUGAAGCAAACGACUCUGAACCUCCUGCAGUCGGCUCGCUGCUACAUCAAGCAACUCGAGACCGAGCAACGGAAGAUGGCACUCGAACGGGACCAAGUGUGUCAGAAAAAUCGUUUGCUCACGCAGAUGCUGCUCAACUUGGGUGGAAACGCGCCCAUUUCGAGUCCGAGAAAGCGUCUAGAAAUGAGAGGUUGUGGACAUCCUCCUUCGAAACUACUGAAACUCGAGUCUCAAGAAUCAGACAGCGACGUCGAUAUUGAGAACGACUCGGACGACUGCAGUAGCAUGGUGAGCACUGGCAGCGACGGGACGGCGGUAGACAGCAAGUAAAACGCUGCAGUGCGGUACCAGGGUCUAUACUAUAUAAUUAUGCCCUUCAUAAACAGCUUGUGGUAGGUGUUCCAACCGCAUAAAUUGUACAGUUUUAGUUCCACUAAGAUGCUAAGCAUCCUUAGGUCUUUCCCUUUUCACUCUUGAGGUUUGUAUAUGUACAGUGUGCUGUAUAUUGGCUUUUGGGAUUUCGCCAUGUGCUUGCGAACUCACAGAAAUCUACAUAGUUACGAUGAACUGUGUGUGUAGUGAUUAUUAAUUAAACAGGAAUCUGUCUUCAAACCGA